UUGAAUUUUGAGCCAAGAAUCUGUGCCAUUCUUCUUGAAUUUUCGUGUGUCAUCCAAAACCAAAUACGAGAAGAGCAAAACCAGAGACAGUUCGAGUUCUGAAACGUGUCGUGUUCUCACACACUGAUGACAAAUCCUCCGGUUUUUACAGAACAUGGUUGUUUUUGUGCGAAUUGAACUAAACCCAAGAGACUAAAUCACGAAAGUUAACCUUUUUAGCCUAUUUUUGAGGUGUUAGCUUCUCCAAAUCCUCGGAACUCAUGGUGAUGGUGGUUCUGCAAAGCCCGCAGUCCAAUGGGUUGACGAAAUGCGCGGAAAGGGUUCGGACAAACCGAGGGAGACGAAGAGCUCCGGCGACUGUCUGCGUUCAGACACAAGUAGCUCCUUCUAGAACUCAGAGGAUAAUGGAGGGUAUUUCGGUUGGUGGAGAAGUGGGCGGUGCUGGUGGAGCUAACUCUUACAAUGCCCUGAAGAAUCUCGACCAGAUUUGGUCCAACAUAUGUACUCAAACAACAGCACCUUGGAAAUCCCAACGAGUAGUUUCACAGGUUUCUGGUCUUUUCCAAGACUCGGGUUCGGAUAACAAACUAGUUGGCACAUUUGAUGUAGUGAUUUGUGGGGGCACUCUAGGAAUCUUCUUGGCCACCGCCUUAUGUGCCAAGGGUCUAAAAGUUGCUGUGGUGGAGAGAAAUACGAUCAAAGGGAGAGAUCAAGAAUGGAAUAUCUCAAGAAACGAGCUUAACGAGUUGGCUGAAGUAGGAGUUUUAGCUCAAGAUGAGAUCGAUGAAGUUAUUGCUGUGAAAUUCAAUCCGAACAGAUGCGGAUUUGAGAAUCUUGGUGAGAUAUGUGUUGAAGAUAUUCUUAACCUCGGUGUAUCCCCAGUCAAACUUGUGGAGACCGUCAAGAACCGUUUCAUUUCCCUCGGUGGAAUCAUCUUGGAAGAUUGCAGUCUCUCAAAUAUUCUUGUCUAUGAUGAUUUUGCUGUUCUGAAACUUUCUAAAGGUGACAUUCUUUCAUCUCGUCUGGUCAUCGAUGCAAUGGGAAAUUUUUCUCCUAUUCUGAAACAGAUAAGACGUGGCAAGAAGCCAGAUGGAAUGUGCCUUGUUGUUGGAUCUUGUGCUCGUGGAUUCAAGGAAAACUCUGCAAGUGAUGUCAUAUACAGUAGUUCUUUGGUGAGGAAAGUUGCAGAUUCUAAUGUACAACUCUUUUGGGAGGCGUUCCCGGCUGGCUCUGGUCCAUUGGACCGUACUACUUAUAUGUUUACUUACACUAGUCCCCAACCAAAUUCACCGGCUCUAGAAGAGUUACUAGAAGAAUACUGGAAGUUGAUGCCAGAAUACCAGGGAGUUUCUCUUGACGAUUUGGAAAUACUGAGAGUUGUAUAUGGGAUAUUCCCUACGUAUAGGGACAGCCCUCUCCGAGCAGCAUUUGAUCGUGUACUACAGUUCGGUGACGCUAGUGGCAUUCAGUCACCUGUUUCAUUCGGAGGCUUUGGAAGCUUGACCAGACACCUCGGAAGAUUGUCCUCUGGAAUCUGUGAAGCCAUAGACGGAGAUUUUCUGGACUCGAACAGUUUGUCACUUCUGAAUCCCUACAUGCCAAACUUGAGCGCUUCAUGGCUGUUUCAAAGAGCAAUGUCUGCAAAACAACGACCCGAAGUCUCUCCCGGCUUCAUCAACGAGCUUCUCCUCGUGAAUUUCCAGUCCAUGCAGAGAUUGGGUGAUCCGGUUCUCAGACCAUUUCUUCAGGAUGUAAUACAGUUUGGUCCUCUUGCCAAGACAUUAGGCCUUGUCAUGCUAACCAAACCUCGGAUAAUUCUACCGAUAUUCAGACAGGUNNGCAUUCCUGUUCUGCUUGACUGGUUAGUUCAUUUCUUCAUGCUGGGCUUAUACACAUUCCUCUCUGCAUAUAUUGAUCCCUUAAUAAGGCCGGUGUUGGAAGAAUUCCCUUCGAAGACAAAGUUUGAGUGGAAGAGAACCCUCGAGGCCUGGAAAUAUGGAGCUGGUCUUGAUUACGAGUUGUAAGAAUCUCUCGUGGAAGAUGCAGAUUAUGGUAUAGAAGAAUUUCGUUCUGGUCUGAAAACUCGCCAUCAGAAACUAGAUAUGGUAAUCUAUUCUUAACUUGUUGAUUCGGUUUAGACAUGACAGAUCAUCAUCUGUCACAGGCGAAGAGUUCUGGACUUUGGAAAGAAAACAAUAGAUUCAUACCAUUGAUACA